AUGACAAGUAAAAUCGAACAACUAAGAACAGAAGGAAACAAGAGAUAUAGUUUAAAAAAAUUUAAUGAAGCAAUUGAAAUAUAUAAAGAAGCAAUUGAAUUGGUAAAGGAUGAUGCAACCUUUCCAUCAAACAUGUCUGCAUGUUGUUUUGAAUUGGGUCAAUAUGAUAGAUCAAUGGAACUGUCAAAACAAGUGAUAGAAAUGAUUAGACUAGGAGGAGGAGAUGAUCCAAAACAAUUGAGGAAAAAGAAUCUUGCUCGUAUUGUUCAAAAGAAGAUUUACCGAUUGACGAGUCAAUUUACAGAGGAAGAUUUAAAAGAUAAAUCAUUUGAUUUUGAAAAGAUUAAAAAUCAACUAGUAGAAAAUAAUAAUAUUAAAGAGGAAGAUUGGAAAAAUAGAAAAGACCAAGUCAUUGAUGUUUUGAAAUUACCAACUAUAUUGCCAUCACGAGUAUCAAAUGUAUUUGAAUAUUAUGUUGUUGGACAUGAUUUUGCAAAGAGUGCAAUCUAUCCAAACAAGGAUGGAGAAGAAGAGGAACCGGUAGAUGAAACAUUGAUGAUUGGUAGAAUCAAAGAAAUUGAAGAGGAUCGUAUCUUUUUGGACAAGCAUCCUCAACUAUCUUACUUUUAUGGUGGUGUUGGAGAUUGUCGUCAUCCCAUUUUUACAUUGGCCGAUUUAAAUAGACAACUUGGUGGUAAUGGUAUACCUCCUCCUAAUUGCAAGAUACAUUUUACAUUGAAUGAUAUUGUAUCAUCGGCACUUGCUAGAGCAACUAUUGUCUAUUUAUUAUUGGAAGAGGUUGGAAGAUUUGAUACGAUUGAACAAUUGUAUAGUAACCCAACUGCUGCCAAUGCAGCUGCUCUACUUUAUUAUGUGUAUAUUGGUACUGCCAUCCCAACACCAUUACACAGUAUGUUGGUACAAAGAUUAAAACAACUCGUUAAACUUGGUGAUAGUGGUCAAUUGCCAGAAUGGUUAUCGAUUGACAAGAAAAUAUCAUGGCCAAAGAUUAGAGAUGCUUUGGUUUAUUGGUGUCAAGAAAUGCCAGCUUCACUAGCCAACAUUAUUCCAAUAUCUAAUCGUGACGCCUCAAUGGAUGAUAUUGAUACUGGUAAUGAAACUGUAACCAAUUUACCACAUGGUUUGACAUCUCUAUCAUUACCAAAGAAAAAUCUGCAACUAGAAGAACAAGUUAAAAAGGCAUUGAUGGAUCCAGCCAUGUUGGAACAGUUUGGUAUCACCAAUGAACAACAGAAAAAUGAAAUGUUGGAUAUGUUGAUGAAUAGUGGUCUUAUUGGUGAUGCAUCUGCUGCUGCUGAAAGUCAAAGAACACUUUUACAACUAGUUCACGAGACUCAAUGGUUUUUCGUCCUUGGGAAUUUACCAUUUCCACGCGUUGCAGCCGAUUAUGGUAAUGAAUUGUCACUUGAAAUGGCUAUAAAGUGUCAAGAUAUUUUACACACAAUUGCUAAAAGGACUAAAGAGGACAGUGAACUUGUUCAAAAGUUUAAUGUCACUAUUCGAGACGAGGAAAAUCCACAUUUCAAGAUUAAUCCAACCUUUUUCGAUGUUGAAUUUGGUAAAACGGGUGCAGAAACUUCUAGUUUGGAAUUUAAAGCAUUGGAUGUUGUAGCAAGUUUUUAUCGUUAUCAAUGGAUUGGUUUACCAUCAACGACAACAACAACAAACAAAAAUACCCUUUCAUCAUUUGAUUAUUUUAUUCAUGUAUUUUAUCAAGCUGCUCGUGGUUUUAAUCUUUUGGCUUGCAACAAUUCUUUGAUGAUUGAAAUGUGUGGAGGAGAUUAUCAAUCAGUUCUAGACAAUGUACGUGACAAUAAGGAAAAGAGAAAAGAAUCUGGUAUGGCUGUUGAAUAUGAUGGUAUCUAUCUUAGUAAUGUACCAGAUUAUACUGGUUAUUUGGGUAGAUUACUAAGAGUUGGGUAUCCUGCACAUUGGAUUUCUGGUAUGAUUGAACUAUUACUUGGUGGAUCAUUGUUUGCUCCAGAACCACCAAAAAACAAACGUGUCAUCCCAUCUGAAAAAAAUCCAACCACCAAAAAAAUGUCCAUCACUCCUUGGUUGAUUGAAAUUCGUACACAAGCUGCAUUAUGGUUGGAUAAAUAUCAAAUUAGAUUGUUGGAUUAUAAAUUACCAAGUGUGGUCAGUGUCAAAAAAUACAAUUUUACUGUGGCACCUUAUGAUCUCCUCAACCUACCAAAAUUGCAUUGCGAAUCUGGCUCGGUAUUUACAAAUGUACUCAUGGUGGCCAUAGAGUUUCCUCCCUAUCAAGUUCACAUUCCUAGAGCCAUGGACAAGAUAAAUGAUAACUUUAGACUCUCACUAUUACAUCCAGGCUAUAACAAGAUUGUCAUUGUCACCUCGAUUUUGUUUAAUAGUACAACCAAUGUUUUGUCUUUUUGGAUGGCUGAAUCGGAUUAUAAUCAUCUCAAAGCUCAAAAUGCUACAUUGUCAAUAUUUAGAAGUGAUAAUUGGAAAACUUUGACUCCAAUUAAUAAACUUUAA